AUGGUUUCGCUCAGCACGGGAGACACGAAAUCCGUGAAGACGAAGAAUCUUCGGCUUAUCAUUGACUCGGUCGACAUGGACGGCCAGAACACCAGCGGCUUCUCCGCGAUGAUCCGUAACCGAUUUGAGCAGAACACGCGCUCAGUAGAAGUGCAGCGCGCUGUUGCUUUGGUUAAGGUCACAGGUUUUUGUUUCCCUUCUAUUCUCGGCAUGCAUCUUGUUGCCCUUUUGCUUCCCUUCUAUUCUUUUCAUGGGAAGAAAAGGGGUCGAGAUGACGGGCCGAGAUGAAUAAAAGCCGACUCUAAUUUGGAGGUCGAGAAGCAAAGACGACGCCUCAGAGAACGCCAAGCAGUCGCAAGGGACGAUCCCGAAGAAGAGGCUAUGGUUGCUCGCGCCGCACAAAGAUAUCGUGCCGCACAUGAGAUCUUCGUUGCCGCAGGCCCUUUUUUAGGCAAGAAUAUUACUCGUGAUACGUGGUCUUCUAGUAAUGCGAAGGUCGUGGGAGCGGUUGGAGGAGGUGGUCCAGGUUCAGAAUACGAGGAAUGGCAAGAAAAAAUCACGGAGGUUUUAGAAAUGUGUGAUUCCAUUUUGGAGAAAAAAGUUCCAGGAGUCAAAGACAAGAAGAAAAAGGACAAGAAGAACACCGCUCUUGGUGCUAGAAUCUCCGAAAAGCUGCAAAAGGUUGAUCGUGAAGAUCACGUUGAUCCUGACUUCGAUUAUGAAGAAGAAAUUGAUGUAGAAGUGUUACAGCGACGCUCCCCGAAUAUCGUGACCCUCGUCGAACAACUUCAAGCACAAUGCAGGCACUCGCUGCUGACCGCAGACGAAGAUCUGACAGAACAGGAGGUGGAAGAUGACGACGAUGCUGAAGACUUAGUUGUGCAACAGCAGCACGAGGUGGAAGAAGAAGAACAGCAACAGGAGGCUGCAGAUCCAGAUGAUCAUCUUGAGUUCCACGAUGCAAUAUCUCCCGCCAAGUCCUCCUCGCUUGCAGAAGAGGUUCCUGGCCGCGACCGUUUCUCGCCAGAAGAUUUCACGGACGCGCAACAAGAGCUGUGGGAGAAGAUUCUUGAAGAACAAUCGAAGAUCGUUGGUGAGCAAUCUCCGUCUUCGCAGACGGCAUCUUCUCCGUCUGAAGGGAGCACGAGGACCAGCUUCAAAUUCUAUCUGAUAGACAAAACGAAAACCACGACUACUGCUGCAGCUAGUGCGGUGGUGGCGGACGAGAGCAGCGACUCUGUGAAGCCUGAGGAAAGCACCUACACGACUACUAAGAAGCCGGCGAGCAAAUCAACGACAGCGCCAAGAGCGGUAUCUCCUCGCGUCGAAACUGCAGGUACUGGCAAGAUUCUGUGUCCAGAUUGUAACGAAACGUGGACUGGCGGAAAGAGCGAGCUGAAACGUCACCGCGCCAAGGUUUGCAGUAUGCGCUUGGUGCGUUGUCCGAACUUGGGGUGCAGCGCGAAAAAGAAGCAAGUUCCGUUUUGCGAGUUGAAGAACCAUUUGGAGUUUGAAUGUGCGGGGAGAAACGUAUCGUGCGAGAUGUGCCAACUUCCGGUUCGCGCCUCAGAACUGAGCGUUCACCAACGCGACCACUGCGAAGAGCGCGCCGUCAAGUGCAAUCAAGCCUCCAUGGGCUGCAAUUGGACCGGGCCGUACCGAUUUCAGGCAGCACACGAGACUAUUUGUCCUUACGUGUCGUACGACUGUGUCUGGUGCUUUCAGCGAAUGCCGCAACACGAAAUGGCACAUCAUGAGUGUCGUGCGGUCAACGGCGACAAAGAAGAGUGCGGUCUCUGUUCACGCACGUUCGCUGACCUGCUCUCGGACAACGUCGUUCCGGCUAUUCUGGUUCGGGACAGUUUCCGUUCCUGCAAGUGCAAGCAGACGCAUAUCUGCACCGCUUGCGCUCAGACGUGGGUCGAUCAGUCACGUAGCAAUUCGAAUAGCACGACACCUGAUCCAGACAGCACAGAGGAUGGCGAAAUCCUCGCGAAGUGUCCCUACUGUCAAAUGGGAUAUAAUGGCGUUUCGGGCCUCGCGCGGCAUCUCGUUCUCACGUGUGCUCACAGCCACAUCAACAAGGAUAGAAAAGGCAACACUAUUAACAUUAAGGGUUGAAACAUUUCAUUUUUACAAGCCUUCUCUACUUGAGAUUGCUACUAAAAAAUGAAAUGUUUCAACCUUUAAUAACAAAAUGAACCAACUACAGGUUGCAGCUUCAGCAGUAGCUUCUCCUUCGUCGUCAGAAAAGUUUGCACCUGCAACGAGAGGACGACGCAAUGACCAACAUGAAAAUAAACUUAAACAAAAGGAAGACCUUGACCUACUCCUACAAGAACAAGCUCAGCAGGCUCAGGAGCAACAGAAAAAACUUCUCCAACAAGCUCAACAAGCUGAAGAGCGAGCUGCACAACAACAAGAGAGAGAACGUCUACGCCGCAUGCAAGAAGUUCCCUUACCAGAACAGGCACGGCCCAACACGGUCCAUUGGGUGUCCCCGCUAGAGAUCCGCUUCGCCCACGACUCUGUUCAUCCCGAGUUCAAGGACUGCGACGACUACCGCACUGGCGUACAUCUUCGGAAUCAGGGAAUCCUAGACUCUCUCCAGGAAGUGUUGGAGAGUGAUCGAAGAGGAGAACUGCCGAGAACGCUGGACUGCCUCGAGGUCUGCUGGGAUCCUCGUGGAGUCGAUGGAGGAGGAGGAUGUAGUGCUGCAUUUGGAUCGAGCUCGAGCAUCGUCCAAGGGCGCGACAUGAUGUUUGUGGCGGGCACAGGAAAUAGGAGGUUAGCAAUGUGGCGCUUGCUAGCGAUUUACCGACCCGAGCGAUGGCGCCGCAUCAAAGUCAAAUUUAUCGAUGCCAGGAGAGCCUGGCAACGGUCAGAGAGCUUCCGGAAAAAGUGGAGCACGCCAUGUAACGGUCGCUGGGUAGAGAUCCGCCACGUGCUGUCAUCCAACAGUGCGAAGCUGUGCUAUCUUCCUGCUGUGGUAGGAAUGUCGAAGAGGGGAGACGAGGACUUUGAUUUCGAGAAUGAAAAAGACGUCAUGGAAAAAGAUCCGGGAGUGCGCUGGCCUGACGCUGUCAGACUGAUGUUGAAAGACUCUUCGCAUUCAUACUAGCUUAUUGGACAUACCUGUAGCUCUUGUUCAAGAUGAGACUGUAUUGAUGAUGAAGAUGAUGCCCAUGCUCGGGGUUUACAACAUUGCAGACGAAAGUAAAAGCCUCCAUUUGAAUUGGCAAUAUCUAGGAUGGGUCCUCUGUAGAACCAUACUACAGAUGAAAUAUUCGAUUCUUAUCGUGAUAUUGAUAUUGUGUCUUUGUUUUUAGAGGUUGUUGCCGAAUCUGAAUGAUGUAUGACAAUAAUUCCAAUUUUUGUGAGCUGACAUUUGGAUUGGCCCGACAUUUGGAUUGGCCCGAUUCCGUUUUCUUCUUGCGUGUCGUCAUUUCGUUCCGAAUGUUGACAAACCAUUAGCUACUACAUUCAUUUUUUCCCAAGAUACGAUUUCUUUAUCCCGGCAACGCCAUGCGGGUCAUUUCUAGUACCAUCGCAAUAUUGUUGAAGAUUCAUGGCACUAGGGCACCACAGAGCUGACGAGACUGGCGGGUCGCAAGCGGCGGCAAUCAGGAUGCAAAC